ACUCUACACUGCCACCACCGGAUGUCGCUCUUCCGCUGACGUAGAUGCGAUUACUGCUCUAGCGCAUAGGGCUAUAUUUCCAUGACGACAGUUCUGAGUACAAAGUACGGAAGAGAUAGCCAUGGGCUAAUUUUCGAGUCAAAUCUCCGGAGUAAGUUGGCGGGUAAUCUAUCAACAGUAAUCAGAUGCAGAUCACGGGACCAGACUUGAAUGACAGCCACUCGUCAAGCCACACCUGGAGAGCUCCAGCCACAGUUUGCCUGUUUGGAAGGAAAUGAGUGGAAAGUGGCACAUCAACAUGUCAACCAGUUCAGUUCAACUCAACAGUCCACAACUGACAGACGCUGGAUGCCGCUGCAGCUCUACACAUAUCUCCGAUCUUCGGCUACCAGACGCAGUGCGUACAUUAUCUCCCUGAAGAUCACAUUUCAACUUGAUCGCUUGCAGUUUGGUUGGGGUUAUAUACUGACCCUCUCGCCCCUUUAGUUCCUCGCCCGUGCCAGACGGAAUAGAGCGCCCACUCCUUCG